UGCCCUCGGCAGCAGGCGGGGGGCAGGCACAAAUCAUUUCGGCCGCUGCGUCGUCCCUGGCCUUGGCACUGGCGCCGGUGGUGCUGGAGUACUACUACUACUCCUGCUAUCUCGUUGCGUCCCGACAACCAGAAAGGAGAGGAGAGAGGGGAGAGGAAAGGGGGAAGCCAACCCAGCUGCAACACACGGCGGAGCGAGCGGGGCAGGGGAGAAUCCAGCGAUCUCUCUGCGAGGAGGAGAUACACCAAAACACCUACUGCUUCUGUGAUUUGAUGCGCUGCUGAAUCGGCGUCUCUUGGUUUCCGUAACAGAUGGCUUCAGUAGGCGUUGCUCCCUCUGGGCACAAGAACAGCAGCGGCACCAGCAUGGGUGCUGAGAAGCUACCAGAUCAGAUGAACGAUUUGAAGAUAAGAGAUGAUAAGGAAGUGGAAGCUACUAUUAUUAAUGGCAAGGGAACAGAGACUGGACACAUAAUUGUCACAACUACUGGUGGCAAAAAUGGGCAGCCGAAACAGACCGUGAGCUACAUGGCUGAGCGGAUUGUUGGUCAAGGUUCAUUUGGUAUUGUAUUCCAGGCUAAAUGUUUGGAGACAGGGGAAACUGUUGCCAUUAAGAAGGUCCUUCAGGAUAAGCGCUACAAGAACCGUGAGCUACAGACCAUGCGCCUGCUUGACCACCCAAAUGUUGUAGCUCUGAAGCAUUGUUUCUUUUCUACAACUGAGAAGGAUGAACUGUAUCUAAACUUGGUUCUUGAGUAUGUGCCUGAGACUGUCCAUCGUGUUGUCAAGCAUUACAACAAGAUGAACCAGCGCAUGCCACUAAUCUAUGUGAAGCUGUAUACAUACCAGAUAUGUAGGGCUCUGGCUUACAUUCAUGGCAGCAUUGGAGUUUGCCACAGGGAUAUCAAGCCACAAAAUCUUCUGGUAAACCCACAUACCCACCAGCUGAAACUGUGUGACUUUGGGAGUGCAAAAGUUCUUGUUAAGGGAGAACCGAACAUAUCAUACAUUUGCUCCCGAUACUAUAGGGCUCCAGAGCUCAUAUUUGGUGCUACUGAGUACACUACAGCCAUUGACAUUUGGUCCGCUGGAUGUGUUCUUGCUGAGCUUAUGCUAGGGCAGCCUCUGUUUCCUGGUGAAAGUGGUGUGGACCAGCUUGUUGAAAUCAUCAAGGUCCUUGGUACCCCUACAAGGGAAGAAAUUAAAUGCAUGAACCCCAAUUAUACGGAGUUCAAAUUCCCACAGAUUAAAGCACACCCAUGGCACAAGGUAUUCCAUAAAAGGAUGCCACCUGAAGCUGUCGAUCUAGUCUCUCGGCUCCUCCAGUACUCGCCCAACCUAAGAUGCACUGCUGUGGAGGCACUUGUUCACCCCUUCUUUGAUGAGCUUCGGGACCCGGGUACCCGCCUUCCGAAUGGCCGCUUUCUGCCUCCUCUUUUCAACUUCAAGCCUAACGAACUGAAAGGAAUCCCAGCGGAUGUUGCGGCGAAAUUGAUCCCAGAGCAUGCGAGAAAGCAGGGCUCCCAUGCGUGACUAUGAGAUGCUUGUCUCAUGAGUCGUUGGAAUUGCAUCGACAAGUGCGCAUUUCCCCUGGGGAUGUUGGUUGGGCAGCAUGUGAGCGUGAUGAACUAUUAUGGUUGUUGGAAGACCUGAUGUAUGACCACUCCACCCUGUUGACCUGUGUAGCUGAGUAGUAGUUGUGUGCUGCGAUGCAAGCUUGACAAUGUAACCGGUUCACCCUCCCUUGUACUAACCCUCGCCUGAGAAUUCAGAUUGCCAUGGCUGAUCUGUAAUAUGUUCUAGAGAAGUAUGAAUGUAUUUAUGGUAGUUGUGAUCCUUGUAUGGGUCCUCUCGAUUUUCCUAGUUUCUUGAUCGUCAAGACUCGUGCCACCUUGUUCUAGAUUCCUGUUGUUGAAGUCUACCUGUUGCUACUGCAGUACUAUGUACUUGGUCGUUGGCUCCUAUUGAGUCGUUUGUUGCAACGUGCCAUGAUUUGUGUUCAA